AUGGCCGCCUGGGUGCACGCUGCAGGCGGGUGGGUUCUCGGGGCGCUCUCCGAGCGCUGGACUGGGCCCGGCCGCAGCGGGCUCGCCGAGGUCUCCUGCCGCUGCGUGUUCGAGGGCUCGGACACGACCGACGGCCUGGUGGCCAUCCUCCGGGAGCAGCUGGCACGCUGCGGCCCGGAGCACCUGCAGGGGGUCGCGUGCCAGCCCUGCCCUCCGUGCCCGCUCCCUCCUGGGCACUACGCGGGGCUCGACCUCUGCGGCGCGGCCGUGGUGGGCGUGGCCCUUGGCGCUGGGCUGGCGACCGCGGCCUGGCUGGCGGCUGGAUCGCCGGGUCGGCCGGCGGUGCGAGGGCGCGCCCUCGCCGUCGAGGACGACGCCGGCGGCGCGCACGUGGCGACGCCGGCCGCCAUGGCCCGUGCGCUGGACACGCCGUUCAGCCAGUGCCUCGUCAGGUACGAGGACGACGAGAAUUUCCAGUGGCAUCACCGGGUGCUGCUGGUGCAGGGAGAUGCUCAGAAGUGGAUCUGGCUCACGCCGGACGGGGAGGUGGCCUUCGUCGACCUGGCCACCUUUCGAGUCCUGGCCCUUCGGCGCUCGGGCCCUUUCCCAGCACGGCAUGCUGGGAACAUCUACGCCUUCGACGAAGUGGCAGCGGAGGACAUGCAGGGCUACCUCGAGGAGGCCAGGGCUCUGGGCACGAUCCUCGGGUUCGACCUCGCUGGCGUCGUGGGCCUCCCGGGGGACAAGUGGUACGUGAGCGACCCCACCUCGUCGCACUUCGGCGAGGAGGUGCCCCCCCAGGUCCUCGCCAACGAGGAGGUCCUGGUGCGUCGUGGGGAUGUCGGGCUGGUUCGGCUCGACGACGUCUGGAUCCACGCGAUCAAGGUGAGCGAGGGCCAGAACUUCGACACGUACCUGGCCCGAGCUCGCGGAGGCGCAGGCCGGGACCCGCGUGUCGUGGGCGACGAGAGGGACCAGGACGGAGGCAGGUACAUCGACUUCCGGGACUCCGUCCGUCGUAUGAAGGAGGCGACGAUCCCAGGUUGGCCUCUGCAGGGCCGCCGUGCCACGAGGGAGGCUGUGCUCUCCCUUCGAGACGGCGGUCAGGGCAACUGGGAGGAGCACCACACCACGUGGCUCCGACGCAGUGGAGUGGCCGAGCGCGGCAACGUCGCCCGCGAGCACCACAUGAUCUGCGCGUCUCUUCGGAUGAUGCAGCAGUUCGACCAGCUCGACCUGUUCAACAUUGCGGGCGCGGAGUACCUCGUCAGGCGGCUCAAGCAGCUGGAGUCGGCGACCCGCAAGAACCCUCGGGCGCCCGACUUCGAGGGGCUGGACCUCAUCCUCGACACGGGGGUCGACGACACGGGCGGCAUGGUGCUGCCGGAGUUCGACGGAUGGGUUGGCGACCAGGCGCGCGCCCGCGCCCAGACCAUGAAGGCGAAUCGGCAGUGGCAGGAGGAGAGGACGGCCGCGCAGCCCAAGGCGCCCCCGAAGGGGCCGAAGGGCGGCGGGGCCGACGCUGGCAACGGGUGCUCCAGCGACGCUCUCGUGAACACCGUGUUCGUGAGGCAGUUCACUCGAUCAACUGUCUCGCCGCCUGCACGGUGCGCCAUCGUGGCCGCGGGCCAGGUGGCGCUGCCGAUUCAGGAUCUCCACCCUCGCGGAGCCCUUCAGGAGCUCCUCAAGUCCGACUCGCUCUACGGUGGCGCGCCGUCCAAGGUCGUCCCGUACGAGGAGUCCAAGCUCAAGUUCUGGCAGUCCUCGGUCACGCCUCGAGACGUGGAGGAGGUCUGCCCCAAGUUCGUCGUCGACGCCUUCCGCGACCCCGACACCUACAUCCGCAAGCCGGACCGCGUGGUGGAGCAGGACCUCGAGCUCCUGCCGCCGAUCAAGCCGUACUGGGACGCGCGGCUGGCCAGCGACGCCGGCCUUCGUCGGGACUUCCUUCUCAGGCUCGCGGGGCGGGGGCUGGUCGGCUUCCGGAGGCGGAUCAGGUCACGCGUGGGGUGUUUCUUCGUCGAGAAGAAGGGCGGCUGGAUCCGCCUGGUCGUCGACGCUCGGGACACCAACCGCACCCACUGGGCGCCCCCGCAUGCCGCCCUCGGGACCCCGGCUGCCCUCAGCGAGCAGGACUGGUCCGAUGCUGCGCUCUCGGACGCCGGGUGGGUUAGUGCUGAUGGCUCGCCCGCUCAGAUCUUCGGGUCGUCCCUCGACCUCCAGGACUCGUUCUACCAGUUCUUCUCGGAGCGCGUCGCGGAGGACUUCGGGAUGGACUUCCCUGAGCGGGCCUCCUACUACCAGGUCUCCCACAUCUGGACGCCCGACGGCCUGUCCCCUGUCGACCCCGACGAGCUCGUGUUCCCGGUCUUCCGCGGGGUGCCGAUGGGGUGGUCAUGGGCACUCUGGGCCGUGCACUCGUCCGUCACGUCCUGGGUCGCUGACACGCUGCCGGGGGGUGCCCGACGCCUGCUGCUUGACAAGCAGCCGGCCCCCGUCGCGGCACCCUUCCGCCCCACAGGGUCGGUCUACGUGGACAAUGUCUCGUUCCUGGGCCUCUCGAGCGACGAUGUCGGGCUGGCGCUGCAGGCCGCGAAGGACAAGCUCGACUCGCUCGGCAUCGCGUACCACGAGGUCGAGGGCCCGGCCACGCACUUCACCACCGUCGGCGUCGAGUACGACGGGAGGCGGAGGCGUCUGCGUCAUUCCGAUCACCGGGCCUGGCGCCUUUACUUGGCCUGUCAGGAGCUCGAGCGCCCUGGGGUCCCGCGCGCGGCCUGGCAGAUCCGAGUGUUCCUCGGGCAUUGUGUCCAGCACUGCCUGCUGCUGCGGCCGGCCCUCUCGAUCUUCCGCCUGCUCUACCGCUUCGUGGACGCGCGGGGUCAGGGGCCUCCAGUCGCACUGUCUGCUGGGGCCCGUCGGGAGAUCCAGCUCUUCAGGGGCCUCAUCUUCCAGGCCGUCGUCUUCUUGGACCGGCCGAUGUCCUCCCUGGUUUUGUGCUCCGACUCGUCCGAGGCAGGCUACGCCCUCCACCGCCGACGCGCUGACGUUCGACUCCUUCGGCAGCUGGCUGCUACCCGGGAGAGGUGGAGGUUCGUCCCCGACGAGAAGCGGCCCGACGCGGCGCUCGACGACACCUUCUCCCCGGGCUGGGUGCCGGGCGCUGGAGGGGUGCUGGGGGAGCCGCCGGGCGCUACAGGCGUGGCCGUCUGGGCCCCCCCGCCGACCCGCUCGAGGGAGGGCGCCCGGGGCGUGCUCAAGGGCCGUCUCAGGCCCACCGUGCGACCUGCUGGCGCCCCCGUGCCCGACAGCCUCGUCGAUCCCAGGGACUGGUCUCUCAUCGUGGAGGGCGCCUGGCGCCGCGGGGGGCCCAUUCACCUGCUGGAGGGCCGCGUCGCCCUGGGGGGCCUGCGGCACGCCGCCCGGCAGGUCGACUGCCAUGGCUCCCGAGUGCUCAGCCUGGGCGACAACAUGUCGGAGCUCCUCUCCAUCGAGAAGGGGCGGGCCGUGGACCUCGGCCUCGCUUGUCUGUGCCGGAGGGCCGCCGCGUACCAGAUCGCCUGCGGGAUCUCCUGGCGGCGCCGGCACCUCGACACGGACCGCAACCUCAGUGACGCGGGGUCGAGGAAGGCGCUGCAGGGCGUCUACCGCCCUGGGCAGCGGCGGGUCGGCGGCAGGUCGGAGAGGCCCGCUCCGCCCGCGGGGUGCCCGCAGUCGGCGCCGCCGACGCCGGCCCCGCCGGCGCCCUCGGCGAUCGCCCGCUGGCCAGUCGCCGAGGAGGUCUUCUCGGGGGGGGCUCGCUGGACGGGGGCUCUCGCGCAGCUCGGGCUGGCUGUCGCGGCUCCGAUCGACAUCAAGUUCGGGCAUUGGGGCGACCUGCUUCGGCCCAGCAUCGAGACCGUCUUUCGCCAGUGGAUCGUCUCUCGCAAGGUCUGGUUCGUGCACUUCGGGACUCCGUGCACUCCGUGGUGGUCCCUCGAGAACCCCCGGGGAUCCCGGCUCUUCUCUUGGGAGCCUCUCCAGAAGUUCCUGUCCGAGCAUAGCAAGGUCUCCGUGGUGUAUGACUGCUGUCAGUUUGGAGCCCCGUACCAGAAGCCCACCAGGAUUGAGUCUGACCUCCCCGAGCUCGGCAUCCUUGAAAGGCGUUGUCUUGGAGGUCAUGCCCACGAGCAUCUUCAGGGGAAGGUCAAGGUCCGUGAUCGCCAGGGUCGGCUCAAGCAGUUCUGGCGCACGACCCUGGCUGGCGCCUACCCUCCUGGUGUCUGCCACAGCGCCGCUCGGGCCUUGGCGCGCGCGGCGCCCGCGGGAGCCUGGCGACCAGAUGGGGAUCCACUGCUGCCCGGUCACUGGGAGGCUCAGCUCCGCCGUGCAGCCAAGGUGGGCGACGACCAGCCGUCCCUCGAGUGCCCCAGCUGCCCGAGGAAGUGGGUCGCGCUCUGGCCGGCCGACGCCGAGGGCUGGGGCCGCUUCGUCGGCCUCCCGCGGCCGCGGGUGCCCGCUGACUCCUCGCCGGGCUUCCUGCGGCGCUCGCAGGUGCGGCCGGCCACUCAGGCCCGCUACCUCGCCAGCGUCGUCGUGUUCGCCGCGGCCAUGGGCGUUGUCGCCGACCGCUGGGUGAGCAAAGACCUCCCCCUGGUGGACACGCUCCUCGAGGAGUACUUCGAGCAGCUCUACGUCGACGGCGGCAGCAAGAGCACGGCCCGCUACACCUUGGCCGCCUUGGCCUACCGUUUCAGCGUGUCGCUUCGUGCCCCAGGCGUCUUCCCGAAGGCGAAGGGCGCCCUCGCCGGCCGGGGCAAGCUCGAGCCGGACGUCACCUCGGAGCCGCUCUGCUGGGCGGCAGCGUGCUUGAUGGCCCUGUACCUGGCCGGCCUCAACACGGAGAUUGCCCUGCAGGCCGCCCGCGGCCUGGUGGUGCAGUUUGACACGUACCUGCGCCCUGGUGAGCUGCUCGACCUCCGCGUGCCCUGCUGCAUCCUGCCGCAGCCGAGUGCCGGCUCAGGAUACAACAAGAUGGGGCUCGUCGUCGGUGCCUCCGCGCUGGUCAUGGGUGACGACGUGCACACGCGCGUCACCAAGACUGGCCUCCAGGACGACACCGUGCUCAUCGAUGGCCAGUCUCGUGCGGGUGUGGCUGGCGCACUCAUGGCCCUCGUCAAGAGCGCCAACCAAGCCCGCCAGGGGCGCCUCAUGUUCCUCCACUCGUACGCGUCGUACAACCGCUUGCUCAAGAAGGCCGCCGUCGCCGUCGGCCUCCCGACCAAGGUCACGGCCCACCUCCCUCGGCACGGCGGUCCGUCGGAGGACUACCUGAGAGGCGCCCGUUCGCUGGCCGACAUUCAGUCUCGCGGCAGGUGGUCGAGCUUCCGUUCUGUACAGCGCUAUCAGAAGAGCGGCCGAGCUCUUGCAUCCUUCAGACGCCUCUCGGCCGCUGUGAAGGCAGAGGCUAAGCGUGCUGAGGCCUUGCAGUUGUCCUUCCUGUCGUAA